CUGACUUUCAUUAAAUAACAUUUUUUUAAGUGUUUUGUUACGGUUAGACGAUUGAGUUGAAUUUCCCUGUUUUCAGGUGCUGCAUCUUUGGGACAGUUAGCUAGUUGCAUGUUGCUUUUCUAGGUUGCUGGACCCAGUUCUUAACCUGACUGGUUCUGUAUCCAGCUUGAAUGAGGGUUAAAUGUUUUUGUGCCUUCCUAACCACCAGGAGGCACUGUCUGUGGUGAGCGAAGACCAGUCCCUGUUUGAGCCACCAUAUGCUAGCGCUGCCAAGUCCGACAUGACGGCAUCAGGGUCCCAGGAUUAUGGUCCACCCCAGGACAUCCACCCGCUGCUCCCCCAGCAGGAGUGGCUCAGCCAUGCCCGAGGUGUCAGCAUCAAAAGCGAGUAUGACCAUAUCAACGGAGGUGCCAGGGACUCACCAUCAAACCAUGGUCCAGGGAGGGGCAGCAAGAUGGAUAACAGGGCUGAUGCUCCGCACGCGGCCUACUCUGGCUACACGGAUGAGAAAUGUGGCCCACCUUCAAACGUGACCCACAACGAGAGGAGAGUCAUUGUCCCGGCCGACCCAACCCUUUGGUCCCAAGACCAUGUGCGCCAGUGGGUGGAGUGGGCCUCCAGGGAAUAUGGGCUGCUGGACGCCGACAGUGCUGUCUUCAGAGGCAUCGACGGCAAAGAGCUUUGCAGGAUGGGAAAAGAUGGACUCCUGCGCCUCACAUCUGCGUACAACGCCGAGGUCCUUCUCUCUCAUCUCAACUACCUCAGGGAAUGCAGCUCCUCAUCAGCCUACAGUGCCCCAUCUCACACAGACCAGCCUCCUCACCUGGCCAGCAAGAAAGAUCCCUCGUAUGAGGCAACAUGGCCAAGCAACAUGCACGGUGGAAAAGGUUCGCCAGGAGUCACACAGAACGUGUCUAAGACCACCGAGCAACCACGGUCCCAGCCAGAUCCUUACCAGAUCCUUGGUCCAACCAGCAGCCGACUGGCCAACCCAGGCUCCGGCCAAAUCCAGCUGUGGCAGUUCCUCCUGGAGCUCCUGUCGGACAGUGCCAACGCUCCCAUCAUCACCUGGGAGGGAACCAGUGGCGAGUUCAAAAUGACUGACCCGGAUGAGGUGGCAAGGCGCUGGGGCGAGCGUAAGAGCAAGCCCAACAUGAACUACGACAAGCUGAGCCGUGCACUACGCUACUACUACGACAAGAACAUUAUGACCAAGGUCCAUGGCAAGCGCUACGCCUACCGCUUUGACUUCCAUGGCAUUGCCCAGGCAUUGCAGCCCAGCCCAACUGAACCACCCACCUACAAGUACCCACCAGACUUGGCUUAUGCACCCCCCUACCACGCCCAUCACCCCUCCCCCAUGCCUGUCACUUCUUCCAGCUUCUUUGGUCCCGCACCUCCCUAUUGGAGCUCCCCCAGUGGGGGAAUCUACCCGGGUCCUACCAUUCCUCGUGCUCCCAGCACUCACAUGCCAUCCCAUCCAGGCAGCUAUUACUGAAGCCAUCCAGCCCCUCCAUGUCCACAAGCACAGAAACAGGCUUUAAGCUGUCAGCACUGGCUAUGAAGAAGCUGGUGAGUAGGAUGUCCUUCUCAAGAUGUUCUAACCUGAACUGAUGGAGUAAAAUUAACUGUUCAUAAAGGGAUGUAAACAAAAACGGGUUCCAAAUGAAUUACCACAUGCUUACCUGUAAGGUAAACUUUGUUCCUUGUUUGUCAAUGUUAAGGACAACAAGACCUGUUCCUGAAACAAAGAGGCGUGUCAUUCCAGGCUUUCCAUCCUGGAACAGACAAAGACCCACCCUCUCUCAGUCUGAGCUUUUCAACUAAAUACAGCUUAAUGCUUCCCCUGAAUGUUCUCAGCACUUUUUGGUUUCACACCGACAGCGGUGAUAGUUUGGGAACAUAGUCGCAGUUAGCUUGGUAUCUACCUUGAUGCCCAAAAGAUUCUGGUCUGUCUCAGGGGUCUUGAAAUGACACCAAGUGAAUUGAAAUGUUCACGUCAAGGAUGCUGAGUUUUGAGUCAUAUCUCUGAAGCACAUAGCAUUUUUUAAUCAAAUCCCUGAGGCUCUCAUUCUCUCUUACAUUGUACCAUCCUACUUUUUUUCUUAGUGAACAUCUGUAUUUUCUACCCUUUGUAGAUUCCCGUUCCUCUCAGGGUGCUUUUAUGGGUUGCUUCCUGUAAACCAAAGAAUCUCAUACAUAGUUAUCAGGCUUAAAACUGUCUUAAGGUGAAGGUCUAUCCAAAUAAAACCAAACAAGAGGAGAUGAAUGAGGAUGAUAGCAUGAUCAGGAAUCCUCAGAUUAAUUUGCGAACGCUGUGCGUUCAUCAAAGCUUUUUCUUCUGAUUUAAACUUUGGACAGUUGUUAAAACAACUUACUGUAUAAAUUAUGCAGAGUUAUUUUCAUAUGUGAUGCAUCGUUAAAGCGACAAAAGAAAUAACUAGGGUUGACCUUGUUCGGAAAUGCAGUUUUUCUUACUUUCGAAAGGAGUCUCUGAUGUAUAAUGACUACAUCUGUUUACUGUUUUGUAUUUGUACAUUGGGCAAGAGCUUUUUAACUGAAUUUAUUACUAAUUACAACUAAUCUGUUAGUCCUUUGUACUGACAAAGGAAUAAACAUAAUCUCAACCCCUUCUAAAGUUAUGAACAUUUUUCUAAAAAUUGGAUUAAAAUUUAGGAUAGUUUGAUUACAUAUUUCUUAAUAUUCUAAAGGGAAAGAUCCACAGGUGUAUUUUAUGAUGGGCUCAUUAAAAAUAAUACGACCGUAUUUUCUGCCCUGAAUAAAAUGCCUGUUCUCAGUUUCACCCACAAUAAAUUUUAAAUUUGUUCUAUACUUGCUGACAUUAAAAAUAUUUUUUUAUUGUGUCAGAAAUAAACACUUGCAGAUCAACAUAUUUCUUGUCAUGACUGUGUGAAUGUGUUACCUUAUAUAUGCAAUGGACACUGAACAGGAAAUAUUUAUUAGUUACAUGUAAUAAAUUUAUUAUUCUGGUUCCAGUGGGU